UCAUGGAUCCAGCCACGUUGCAAGUCUUCCAGCGGGAACUCACAUGCCCAAUUUGCAUGAAUUUCUUCCUAGAUCCAGUCACCAUAGACUGUGGGCACAACUUCUGUAGAUCUUGUCUUUCCCUGAACUGGGAGGAAGUCAAGACUCCCAUGUGCUGCCCAAUGUGUAAGGAGAUGUCAGAGAAGACAAACUUCAAAACCAAUGAUGUGCUCAAGAAGUUGGCUGCUGCUUCCAGACAAGACCGAUUGAACCAGGUCACCAGGUUGCAGGAGCAGGUCCCUGUGGCCCAGACAGAAGCAGAAGGGAUCCUCAAUGAAGUUGACAAGUCUAGACGCCCCUGGAUAUUUAUGGUUGGGGUGUUUUUGGAUUUUGACCAUGGAACAGUGGGUUUCUAUGAUGCUGACAAAAGUUCCUUCAUACAUUGUAAUGUUUCAACCUACUUUUCAGAACUCUCAUACGGAGGAAACUACUGUCCUGGGAUGUUUUCAUGUGAGACAUCAGGAUUGUUUUUGAGCACAUUGUAACUUAAUGAGCACAGUAUAAUCAUAAUUACAGUAUUGUUAUAAAACAUAAAACCACAAUGAAUAUAUGCACUUUUCUAUUAAAAUUUAUAUUAAUAAAGAGAUUUGCAACUAUCACAGUUAUCUGAUUCCAGUACUUUUUCAUCAUCCUGCAAAGAAACUCAGUAUCUAUUAGCAUAUACUCUCCCUGGGCAUACCUCCUUCCAUCACCUGACAAUUCUUUUUCUCUGUUACUUUUAUGGAUUUGUAUAUUCUAAACAUUUUAUGCAAAUAAAAUAAUAAAAUAUGUGGUUUUUGGGAUCUUGCUUUUUCUAUUUAGUUGAAUGCUACCAAGACACAUCCACAUGCCAACAACAUUUUAUUCUCAUAUUUGAAUAUGUCUGGUGUAGAAGAGUAAAGUCUAUUCUCUCAGUUUACUAAGUAAAAUGAAGUUUGCAUAGGUUUCUUUUCAAAUCUGGCCUUUUAGGGAGAUGCAAAUGCCUGAAAGGCAAUAAUCUGGACAAGACCUUGUUAUUCAUCACAUCUCAGCUCAAAGAUUUUUUUCAGGAAGCCCUUCACGACUGCAGAGACCACAGAGAUUUCUCUUAUUACACACUUAUUACACACUCUAAGCACAUGCUGGCUUUAUCCUGGCUCUGCUAUAACUUUGUGGGGAUUUGUGGUGUGAAUUAACAGAUGACAGAUAUCUUCUGUUUUUCCUUCAAAGAAGUGAAAAAUCAUUCAAUUCAUCAAAUCAAGUUAGAACUAAAUUGCAUCUAGAAAGGUGAGGUGAAAACUCCUGUUGCAAUGUACCUCCUUAUGUGUAAUGUAUCUUUGUGCUGUUUUGUGAAUGUUAACAUAUAUCUUACUACAAGUUUCAGGUUCAUAUGCACUUAGAUAUUGAUAGGUACUCCAAGUGUUUUCUCAGUUUCUCCGUAAAAUUUUUUUUUUAAUUUAUAAGAUUUAUUUAUUUGAAAGGCUGAGUAACAGAGAGAGAGGACAGAGAAAGAGCCUUGUCUUCAGAGCAAGUAGCGAGUUAAUCUGGAUAGGUAGUUAAUCUGUGUCUGCACACAGAAGUAGGUUUAGUUGAAGGGGUCUAGUCAGGGAAUGGUACUGAAUUUCAGUAAGGGAUAUCUGUGUUGAAAAUGGCAUAUUAACCACCAGCACCACAUCUCCUGACCCUAGGGAAAGUUUUCAGAUUUUGCCAAAAAGUUUUUUUUUUUUUCAAGUUACACUCCUUCCAGUCUUGAAUGCAUUUCAUUUUAUUUCUACAACCUUGGGAUUACAACAUGGUAUGAUCUCACUGUCGAUGGUGUUUCUUAUGGGGUGUCACGUGUGUCAUGAGAUGUGCACUCACAGCCUGUGUUUUAACAGCUUGUUGUGUGGCUAUUAAUUUACAUUUUCUUACUUUAUCUUUAGCAAACAUGGGAAGAUUGGGAGAAAGUCCCCUUUCUUCCUUAGGGUCCCUGCUCUGGCAGGAUCUGUGGACUUCCAUGUUAAUUGUGCACUCUUACUGCAAAGACUCUGUCUUCCAGAAGCCUUCCUUUGCACUAAUAUGAAGAGUGUCUGAGUGCAGGGGUCCAUAAGUAGGAGGCACCCAUGUGAGGCUAUUGGUCAGCUCUGAUGCCCCUUUUUCUAUACUCAGCUGCCUCUCAAUCAGGGGUCCCUGCCUUUUCCUCCAUGGUGUCUUACCAUUUUCCUGCUGCUCGGAACUGUUACCUUAGAAAUCCUACUGGUGUCAGAAAAUCAGAAACUAUUGGCUCCCCUUAGGAACUCAGCCGAGUAGGCCAUGUGAACCAAAACAAUCUGACAGUCUUCUAAUUUCCUUGCUAGGAAUAAAGGCGGCUGUGACCCCACAGCCCAGCCUCAGAGGCGUUUCUGAAUUUUGCCACGGGCUUCACCAGCUGGGUUUAAUUGAUCAAGGUUUUCUAAUUCUUCCAAGACUAGAGUUCCAGGCAUACCACUAGCCCUGUGAGAACCCAGAGCCACCUUCUUUAGCUCCUCAGAGCCUCACAAAAUGCCUUCUGGCCCGGAGCUCUCCCUGUGUACUGUUAAAGCUCCUUAGAUUUUCAUAACUGUUUCACCACGGAAAGGAGCACUACAGCUGCUCAGUGCAAGAAGUCCCUGACCCUAACCCUCUGAAUCAGUCCACUUGCAGCACAGGACACACACUACCUGGUAGACUGGUGCUAAGGCCGCCACACUGCAGCUUGCCCACCUGCUCCUGGGCAGUCCCUCUCUGGGAUUUCUGGCCUCACAGGCUCCUCCCACUUCAGGCUUCUUCCAGGUAGCACAGUGUAAAGAAGGCCGCCUGGUUCUGUCACAGCUGCAGGGGCCCUGUCAGGACUGGGGCAGGUGGACCCAUCAUGGUUUAGGCGCCAUGCAAGCCUGUAAGAGAGCACCAGGAUCUCAGCCACAAAGGUCUUGGGAAUCCUUGCCAUCAGCCUUCCACAGGUCUGGUUCUAAUCUCCCUUCUGAACCUGGCCAUGCUUGGGGACAGUGGGACAGAUGCUGCCUCUGCUCUGCCACUCGUCCCCCUCCCUCCAGAGCCCACCUCUUAGGGGACACACAGAACCCUUUGGCACUGCCAGAAGACUUUGGACAAAAGGAAGAUUUCCAGGUCCUUGAGUGUGGCUCAUUGAACUACCAAGACCUUGACCAUUCUCAAGUCCUCCCUCUAACUCAAGAGAAGCCAUGAUUUUUCACCAACUCAGAAGCUGGUGCAUUGAGGAAAUCACAUGCCAGAGAAAUUUGCACAGCCCAUGGGAACCUUGUGUCCUAUUUGAUGCCAGCCUACUUGACUUGGCAUUGCCCUGGAAGCCUGGAACCACUGCUGCUGAGAGUCCUGAAAACCCAAGAGUUUCUCUCAGUGAAAGCAGCUUUCCUGAAGGAAAGUCUGGAGCAGCCAUGGAGUCUAUUUACAUCCAAGUUUGGUUGCUCACAAGCGACCUUGAACUGGAGGAAUAGCGAGCUGGAGUUUGCACAAUGGCAAGAUCCCAGAGGUCUGAGGUAGUCCUAGGUCCUUGGCACCAUCCUGGAUGAUGCGGAUCCCAGCAAGAAGAGCAUCCAGGACUAGAACCUGUGUCUAUAUGGGGUGACAUCACCCAAGGGGAGGCCCAGCCCAUAACACCACAGCUCUGUCCCCUGUAUUCCUAAAGCACUGUCUUGCUCAAGGGAAUGCACAAGUGUUAACAAUUUCAGGAUCUUGUUUUCAAAUUCUAACCAAUUCUGUGAGCAUCAGCCUUUCUUUAGUGUAGGACAAAUAGGUAGAUGAUAGAUGAUAGGUAGUCUUUUUCUACAACGUUCAUAGUUUCUUUUGAAAUGAUGAAAUUAAAAUGAUAAAGUUUUAUUAUUUCAUUUUAUUACUUAUGAGCCAUGUGUUAGUGGAUGUAAAAUAUAAUGGUGUUUAGUUUCAAAUUUACUUCAGAGAAAAGGGAAUAAACUUCAGAAUUUUCAAAGUGUUUUGUCAUUGAUCAAAAAAUGACAUCCAUCUUUCUUGGGAAAAUCUAGGCUAGAAUCUACAAUGGUGCUUAAAGAAUGUGAUGUCAUGGUGAACAGAAUUUUUCACUGUUGAAUUUCACUUUUCUUUGAAAUUUUUACUGGUGACUACUGUCCUAAUCCUUUUGCAAGUAAGGUAAGACUAUUUGAAAAUUACAUUCUUGGGGCAGGCGCUAUAGUAUAGUGGGUAAAGCUGCUACCUGCAGUGCUAGCAUUCCAUAUGGACACUGGUUUCAGUCCCAGCUGCUCCCAUUCCCAUCCAGCUCUCUGCUAUGGCCUGGGAAAGCAGUAGAAGAUGGCAGAGUGAAGGAGAGAGGGAGAGAAAGAGAUCUUCCACUAGCUAUUUCACUCUCCAAACUGCCAGACAGUUUGGGCUAGGUCAGGCUGACCCAGAAGCUUCAUCAGGGAAUCCCAUUUGGAUGCAGCUGUCCAAAUGUUUGGACUAUCUUCAACAGCUUUCUCAAUUGCAUUAGCAGGGAUCUGAACUGGAGCAGCAAAGAUUGAACAGGCACUUCCAUAUGAGAUCAAACUUCAGUUUAAGUUACAAUAACCUCUGUCAUUCCAAGUCCAUUCCUUUUUUUUUAAUUUUUUUAACUUAUUUGAGAAGAAUUAUAGACAGAGAAAGGAAGAGACAGAAAGAAAAGCCUUCCAUGCAUUAGUUCACUCCCCAAAUGGCUGCAAGGGCAGUAGCUUAGCCAAAGCACAGCCAGGAGCCAAGAGCUUCUUCUGGGUAUGCAAUGUGGGUGCAGGGGCCCAAGAAUUUGGGUGAUCCUCCACUGUUUUCCCUGGCCAUAAUUGGAGAGCUGGAUUAGAAGACUAGCAGCCGGGACAGGAACUGGUGCCCAUAUGGCAUGCUGGUCCCCCAGGCAGAGGCUUAGUUUACCAUGGCACAGUGCUGACCCCUCAAAUGUCAUUUAUGUUCCUGUGUCACUUUAGAUAAGACCUUCAUCUUGUUGUACCUGAACAAGUGCAAACAAAGGAGCUCCACAAAUUGAUAAAAUUUGGUGGUUCUUUACUGCCAGCGGUGGAGAGUAGGCUCAUGCCCCAAAGAGCUCUAGACCCUCAAGCCCAAAGCAACAGGGUUUAUAAAGGCAAAAACCACAAAAUCAGGAGGGGAAUUCAUGGUUGCUAGGAACAGGGGGUAAUACA